AUGCUUGUCACAUGUAUUCUGAUCACAAUCGGCACCCAGUACGGUCUUGGACGAAGAAUGGAGGCCAUCAAUUUCAUAUUGAUACCGCGAGCUCUCAAGUGGAAUGCAAUCAUCAGUUCAGUACUGAUCUGGGCGUUUUCGCUACCCAAGUUCGCCAUCAUCGCUAUUCUCAAGAGUAUUCUGGACUACGGACUCAAGACGACGAUAUUAUCCUGGGGCCUCGCGCUCAGCUCCCAGGCCUGUAUACUCGCUACCUCGAUCUGGUGGUACAAGCAAUGUGAUCUGGUUGAAUUCGGCUGGAACAGAACCAUACCGGGCGGAAAAUGUGCCAGUACCAAGGUCAUGUCAGAUUUGGGCUAUUUCACUUCGGCCUACUCUGCCUUCCUAGAUGUAUUCUUCGCCCUGUACCCGAUUCCGUUCAUUAUGAGUCUCAACAUGCUGCUCAAGAACCGCAUCCUGGUCUCGAUCGCGCUGGGCCUCAGAAUCCUGGCCUUCAUUCUCACCAUCUACAAACUCACAAUCUUUGGGGAAAUCUUUGUAGUACUGGCCGAGAACCCGACUUACCCGGUUCCGCUUCUCGAUAUACUCGGUCUAGGAGAGGGUUGCAUUCUCGUGGUAUGCUCCUCUUUGCCCACGCUGGGCCCGCUCUUCCGCUUGGUCAGAGGAAAAGUACAGACUCUCAGUGGCAGUAAGACCGCCAGCCAGAGACGACGCAGCAGUGCCACCCACCGAGGGCUAUCUAGCACCAGCGGAAGAUAG